AUGAUGGCCAGGCCCUGGCAGGCCCCACGGCCCCUGCUGGCCAUUGUGGUGACUCUGGUGGCCCUCACCUACCAAGCAGGGAAGAAAACCUUUAUAAGUAUCCAGGAAGUGCCCGCAGAUGCUAACUACGUGAAGGACACCUUGCAAUUUGUCAUGGACAAGUAUAACGAGGAAAGUGAUGACAAGUACAAUUUCAGGAUCUUCCGAAUCCUGAAGAUUCAGAAGCAGAUAACUGAUCAUAUGGAGUAUCACUUUAACUUGGAGAUUCGGCGGACCACCUGCCAAAAGCUAGAGACGACCAACUGUGCCCCCCAGGAAGGGGAGCUUCGCAAGCAAGUCAUGUGCAACUUCUCAGUGUUUGCUGCACCCUGGUUUGAAAAGUACAAAAUUCAGAAAAAAAACUGCAUCAGUAGCUAG